CUGAGAGGUGGGGUCUGUAUAAAGGGGUUGAGGUCACCGAGAAGGGGCGAAAGCGCGACGGGACUCGAGCUGAACGGCUGGAACCUCAAGCCUUAGGUCCCCGCGUCAUCCCGCGUUCUAUCGCUUUCUUUCCCUGGGAUCCAGACCCUCCACCAUCCUUCUAGGCUCGCUGGCUCGUGGCCAAGGAGCUCUCGCGCCGCCUCCGUCCCGAACGCAAACAGCUGUUCCCAGAGACGUCGCCGCCCUCAACUUUGCCAACUAGUCCGCACGCACUUUGACCAGCGGAACAACCCGGACUAGAAGGCUGGGGGCCGUUGGCGGAGUUUAAAAAAAAAGAAAGGUGAAAUAGCUGUUUUCGGGUCUGGAGUUACUGGGUUUCGCUUCAGAACUUUCCUGAGGCUGCUUAGCAGCCCCGCCCCGCUUCCACGACGCCCGCGCGCUCGGGCCGGGCUCGUUCCCUCGCUCCGGAGCGCGUGGGCAGCAGCGGCAGCGGCUGGAGUGGCGCACAGACUGGAGUGGCGGUGGAACCGAGACAGCAGCUGUGCUUGCACUUGUCAGGCCAAGAAGUUCUAGAGAAGAAAACUUUCAGAAAAUAGUGCCUCAGAAUUAUCCUAGUGAACUAAGAAAAUUUCAAGCACCUUCCCUAAAGAAAACCUGGUUAUAAGUAACUUCACUGAGGACUUUUUUAUUCAGCUGGUCACUGGACUCUAUUGCCUGAUACUUGGACCUGUUGGGAAUUUUUCUCAUGUGGCUCUAGGAGGAAUGCUUUAUUAUGGCUGCUGUUGUCCAACAGAACGACCUAGUAUUUGAAUUUGCUAGUAACGUCAUGGAGGAUGAACAACAGCUUGGUGAUCCAACAGCUAUUUUUCCUGCUGUCAUUGUGGAACAUGUUCCUGGUGCUGAUAUUCUCAAUAGCUAUGCUGGGCUUGCCUGUGUUGAAGAGCCCAGUGACAUGAUCACUGAGAACUCCCUGGAUGUUGCAGAAGAAGAAAUCAUAGAGGAUGAUGAUGACGACAUAACGCUUACAGUUGAAGCUUCCUGUCAAGAUGGGGAUGAAACAAUUGAAACUAUUGAAGCUGCUGAGGCACUGCUCAAUAUGGAUUCUCCUGACCCUAUGCUGGAUGAAAAACGAUUAAAUAACGAUAUAUUUAGUUCCUCUGAAGAUAUUGUUGUCGCCCCAAUCACCCAUGUAUCCGUCACAUUAGAUGGGAUUCCUGAAGUGGUGGAAACUCAGCAGGUUCAAGAGACAUACGCACAUUCACCAGGAGCCUCUUCACCAGAACAGCCUAAGAGAAAGAAAGGGAGAAAAUCUAAACCACCACGACCAGAUUCCCCAGCCACUACCCCGAACAUAUCUGUGAAGAAGAAAAACAAAGAUGGGAAGGGCAAUACAAUUUAUCUUUGGGAGUUUUUACUUGCACUACUUCAGGACAAAGCAACUUGUCCUAAAUAUAUCAAAUGGACCCAACGAGAAAAAGGCAUUUUUAAACUGGUAGAUUCUAAAGCAGUGUCCAAGUUGUGGGGGAAGCACAAAAACAAACCUGAUAUGAAUUAUGAGACCAUGGGAAGAGCUUUAAGGUACUAUUACCAAAGGGGUAUUCUGGCAAAAGUAGAAGGUCAGCGCUUGGUGUAUCAGUUUAAGGAAAUGCCAAAAGAUCUUAUUUGUAUUGAUGAUGAGGAUCCAAGUUGCAGCAUAGAGUCUUCAGACCCAUCACUGUCUUCAACAACCACUUCAAGUAGGAACCAAACAAGUCGAUCGAGAGUAUCUUCAAGCCCAGGGAUAAAAGCAGGAACCACUACAGUUCUAAAACCAGGGAAUUCUAAGACUACAAAAUCCAAAGAUCCCGUGGAAGUUGCACAGCCGUCAGAGGUUCUGAGGACAAUGCAGUCCACACAGUCCCCAUAUCCGACCCAGCUCUUCCGGACUAUUCAUGUGGUACAGCCAGUACAAGCUGUCCCAGAAGGAGAAGCAGCCAUAACCAGUAGCAUGCAGGACGAAACAUUAAACUCUUCCGUUCAGAGUAUUAGGACGAUACAAGCUCCAGCUCAAGUUCCAGUGGUCGUGUCCCCUGGAAAUCAGCAGUUGCAUACAGUAACACUCCAGACAGUGCCAAUCACAACAGUUAUAGCCAGCACAGAUCCCACAUCAGGUGCCGGGUCACAGAAGUUUAUUUUACAAGCCAUUCCAUCAUCAUCACAGCCCAUGACAGUACUGAAAGAAAAUGUCAUGCUCCAGUCGCAGAAGCCGGGCUCUCCUCCUUCGAUCGUCUUUAGCCCUGCCCACGUGCAGCAGGUUCUUCCUAGCAGCGUGCAGUCCAUCUGCAAUGGAACUGUUAGUGUAGCCUCAUCUCCAUCCUUCAAUGCUACUACGCCGGUAGUGACCUUUUCUCCUCGCAGUUCACAACUUGUUGCUCACCCACCUGGCACUGUAAUCACUUCAGUUAUCAAAGCUCAAGAAACAAAAACUCUUACACAGGAAGUAGUGAAAAAGGAGGUUGAUGAUACUUUACAAGAAGACACUGAGAAAACAGAGCAGCAACCACAGCCUUAUGUGAUGAUGGUGUCCAAUUCCAACGGGUUUACCUCUCAGGUAGCUAUGAAACAGAAUGAACUGCUGGAACCCAACUCCUUUUAAUUAACAUACCAAAGGAAUUACUGAUGAUCAUUUUUUAAUUGAACAUUUUCAGUUGUACGCAAACUAUCUGAUUGAUUCUAAGAUAAAUUCUACAGAGGCUCCUAAUUUUGUAGCUAGAUGUUAAAAAAUAAUAAUUCAGAGUUAAUUUUGACUUUGUUAAAUGAGGAAGGAAAACCCAAGUGUUUCUGUUUUCCAAAUGUUUCAGAAUUCAAUUGUGAAGGAACAGGCAUUUUAUACUAUGAAGGCCGUCUUUUGAGAUUUUUUUCACUUGCUAUUACCUAAGCAUUUUUAAAGUUUCUUUUUUUAAUUUUACAUGUAUUCAUUUUUCUGAUUUUUUUGUAAAUAUAGUUCUUAAAUAUGAGACAACAGGAAAUUUAUAUAGGAACUAUUUCAUUCCAUUUAUGUAAGUUAAGUCUUGACUCUGAAGUGCAAGAUACCAUUUAGUGCUUUGUUAAAUGAUUUCACUUAGAUUGACUUUAGUUGGCUGCACUGUAUAAUGAACUAUGAAUAUUUAAAAUAUAACAUUAAAAUUUGAAAUCUACCUAUGAGAAGGCUGACCCUGAUUUCAGGAGCAAGAUUAGUAUAAAAGCAUCAGCCUAUGAAUGGCUCUCCUAUUAACUGGGUUUUGUAGCCUUCUCAAGCCAUUUGAUCUCUCAUUUGACUCAGCGCCCUCAUAAGAAAAAAGGAUGCACUGGAUUAGCUAAGUGAUCUCAAAUAAACUUUCAGGUUCUAAAUUUUAUUAUUCUAACCCCUAUAUUUUAAAUUAGUAUCAAUUAAAACAUCAGCUUUUUUCAAAAUGUAAAUAUAACUAAAAUAUUGAAGAAGUGGCCCCACAAAAUUCAUUCUACUGUUAGCCAUAAGAUCUGCAUCAAAUCUGAAUUAUUUCUGCUUUCUUCAUGAAAUUUUUUGACUACUGUGGUCUGAUAGUAAAUUUAUGUUGCCAAUUGCUAAAUAGUGUAUUGCUGUUCUGAGAGUCAAGACUCAGAGAGCAACCAAGCUUUGGGCUAAUCUGACUGACGAGUCAGUUGUUAUAAAGAGCAUAUUCACUUUUUAUUUUGGAUUUUUUAUUGGGGAUGGAGGGGGGGAAAUUGCAUACAAAAAUAUACAUAUAUAU